AUGCUGGCUGGGACAGUUCUCGUGGUGCUGGGUGCCGCACUGUGUCGGGGGCAGGAUGCAGUCACUACUACAACUCAGAAUAUUCUCACACAGAUCCAGAACCAGGCUGUCUACCUGCACAACAACGCCACACUGCUGCUGAGUAUAUACUUGAAGUACCAGGGAGCCCCAUUCAACAGUUCUGAAUUCAGCUUCCCCUCGUGGCAGGAGCCGGGGCUGCCCCCCGCCAGUCUAGGCUUCAAGAAAUGGCGGUGCCUUUGCCCCGGGGAGCGGCUUGUGUUGGACAGAGACGCCUUUUCUGCCAUCUCCGAAUUCUUCCAGCUCGUCCUGGACGACCAGCUCUCCCUGAACCCCCAGGCCAAGGAGCUCCUCCAGAUGCUGGACGCGGCUCAGAUCUCCUCGGAGGCCGUGCUCAGUAACCUGCUCAGCGCUUUGGACGUUUUGGGCUUCCGACCUUCGCCGGCCCAGCCGGAGUUCUUGAGUUGGGCAUCGGCCGGGGCCAAGAGCUUCCAGAAGAAGGUGCGCGGCUACGUGCUGUGCAGGGAGUACAAGGACUGGCUGGCCAGAGUAGCCAACGACAUGAUGAUUCUAAAAGGGACACGCGGGGGGAGAGAGGCCAUGGGCCAAGAGAGGAGAGGCCGCUGCCGGUCCUGA